GGCCGGGCCGCAGCGUCUUUGUGCGGGCGGCGGCGGCGGCGGCGGCGGCGCGGGCGGGAGGGGCCGCGCCAUGAGCGACAUCCGCCACUCGCUGCUGCGGCGCGACGCGCUGAGCGCGGCCAAGGAGGUGCUGUACCACCUGGACAUCUUCUUCAGCAGCCAGCUGCAGAGCGCGCCGCUGCCGCUCGUGGACAAGGGCCCCGUGGAGCUGCUCGAGGAGUUCGUGUUCCAGGUGCCCAAGGAGCGCGGCGCGCAGCCCAAGAGAUUGAAUUCGCUCCAGGAGCUCCAACUUCUUGAAAUCAUGUGCAAUUAUUUCCAGGAGCAAAGCAAGGACUCUGUCCGGCAGAUUGUUUUCUCGUCCCUUUUCAGCCCUCAGGGGAACAAAGCCGACGACAGCCGCAUGAGCCUGCUGGGAAAGCUGGUGUCCAUGGCGGUGGCCGUGUGCCGGGUCCCCGUGCUGGAGUGUGCGGCCUCCUGGCUCCAGCGGACACCCGUGCUCUACUGUGUGCGCCUGGCCCGGGCCCUGGUGGACGAUUACUGCUGCCUGGUGCCCGGCUCUGUGCAGACGCUGAAGCAGAUCCUCAGCGCCAGCCCGCGCUUCUGCUGCCAGUUCCUCACGGCCGUCACCGCUCUCUACGACCUGUCCUCGGAUGACCUCGUCCCGCCCUUGGACUUGCUUGAAGUGACCGUGAGCUGGAUUUUCGAAGACCCCCGGCUGACCCUCAUCACCUUUUUAAACACCCCCAUCGCGGCCAGCCUCCCCAUCGGCUUCCUGGAGCUGACGCCGCUCACGGGCUUGAUCCGCUGGUGCGUGAAGGCACCCCUGGCGUACAAGAGAAAGAGGAAGGCCCCCGUGUCCAACGGCCACGCCAGCACCAAGGCUGCCAAGGAGUCUGCGGGGCCGGACAGAGACUCGCACCUCCUGUACUCCAAACUGCACCUGAGCGUCCUGCACGGCCUCAUGAUGCUGCAGGCGCACCUGACUGAGAAGAACCUGUACGGGCGCCUGGGGCUGGUCCCCUUCGACCACAUGGUGCCGCUGGUGGAGGAGGUCAACCGGCUGGCAGAUGAGCUGAACCCCCUCAAUGCCUCCCAGGAGAUCGAGCUCGCGCUCGAUCGCCUGGCGCAGGCCCUACAGGUGGCCAUGGCCUCGGGGGCCCUGCUGUGCACGAGAGAUGACCUGAGGACCCUGUGCUCCAGGCUACCCCACAACAACCUCCUCCAGCUGGUGAUCUCGGGACCAGUGCAGCAGUCCCCCCACACGGCGCUGCCCCCUGGAUUCUACCCACAUAUCCACACGCCGCCGCUGGGCUACGGGACGGUGCCGGCGCACCCUGCAGCGCACCCGGCGCUGCCCUCGCACCCAGGACACGCCUUUCUCUCGGGCAUGACCUUCCCAUUCCGGCCCAUCCGCUAAGGCUCAGCGGGCUUGUGCAGAGAAGAGACAGCGGCAACCUGCCCGGCACAGACCCGCACAGACCCCGACC